AUGGGCACUUUCCCUGCCCGUAUUUGGGGACGAACCGGGUGCAGCUUCGAUGAAGCUGGAUGGGGAAAAUGCCUAACAUGUGAUUGUGGAGGUCUCCUCAAAUGCCAAGAUUCUGGUCAACCCCAAUGCACCAUGGCUGAAUAUCAUCCAACUUUGAACAUAGAUUAUUUGGAUAUUUCUCUGGUUGAUGGGCUUCCUAUGGAGUUUAGUCCCACGGGUGGUGGGUGCGCUAAGGGGAUUCGAUGUGUGGCUGAUAUAAGUAGGGACUGCCCUUUUGAGUUGAGGGUACCCGGUGCGUGCAAAAACGCCUGCCUCUUCUGUUGA